UAUUCCCCUCAUCUUUUUCUACAGAAAAGUGUUGUGUUGUUUCCAUGGAUUCUCUGCGUGCUGUGUGUUCAGCUAAUAAUGCUUGUUCAUUCAUAACUGGGGGAAAUCUCUCGCGCUCUAAACUUUCAUCCAACAAUAUUUACUACACAAGUUGUUGUGACUCAAAAGCUUCUCAAUACAAAAGAAAAACUCAAAUAGAAUAUAAUGUUUUGAGUUUCAAACAGUCAAGAUUGAACAAUGAUUACAGAUGGAUUGAAGGAAAGAAACAUGUCGGGAAAGCCAUCUCAAGACAAGAUCUUGAUUCUGAAGCAGAGGAUUCUAAUGCCAAAACACUUUUGAUCUCAAUAAAUAAAUUUGUAGUUGCUUUCUUCAUGUUUUGCAAUCCUUACAGCGUUAUUGGUCGAACAUUUAGCACAGUUUCUGCAUCUCUCUUGGUAGUGGAGAAGCUAUCAGAUAUAUCUCUAUUGUUUUUUAUUGGGGUGUUACAGGCUAUGGUACCUCUCUUGUUUAUGGAUAUUUACGUUAAUGGUGUCAAUCAAUUAUCUGACCUUGAAAUAGAUAAGAUAAACAAACCCUAUCUUCCAUUGGCUUCUGGGCAAAUAUCCUUCACCACUGGUGCCAUUAUUGUUGCAUCAAGUUUAAUUCUGAGUUUUGGGCUUGCCUGGACUAUAGGUUCUUGGCCAUUGAUUUGGAAUGUUGUGUCGUGCUUUCUUCUUUGGACAGCUUAUUCGAUCAAUGGGCCUCUGUUGAGAUGGAAAAGACAUCCACUACUUGCGGCAAUAUGCGUUUGGGCUACUUGGGCAGUCGUAUUUCCAAUUACAUUUUUCGCUCACAUGCAGACCUUUGUGUUGAAGAGGGCUACUAUCUUUCCGAGAUCACUGGUUUUUGUUAUUGUAUUCAUGAGCUUCUACUCUUUAGGUAUUGCAUUGUUCAAGGAUAUACCUGAUAUCGACGGAGAUCAAGCAUAUGGUAUCCAAUCUUUUGCAGCACGUUUCGGUCAAAAACGGGUAUUCUGGUUUUGUGUUUCUCUUUUUGAAAUGGCUUUCGGAAUUGCCCUCAUGGCGGGACUAACGUCUUCUAGUCUUCUGGUUAAAAUUGUCACGGGCUUGGGACAUGCUGUUCUGGCUUGGAUUCUCUGGUAUCAAGCAAAAUCUGUAGAUUUGACUAGCAAAGCUUCCAUCGGAUCCUUCUUUAUGUUGAUCUGGAAGUUAUUGUACGUAGCAUACUUUCUCAUGCCGUUGAUCAGAUAAAGAUAUGUGCUGGUUAAAACAAUGUUGAUAACCACAUCCAACGAAAUAAACAAGAGUUGUUUGCAUUUGAAAA